AUGGAAGCGGAGAACGCGGGCAGCUAUUCUCUUCAGCAAGCUCAAGCUUUUUAUACAUUUCCACUCCAACAAAUGAUGACUGAAGUUCCUAAUAUGGCAGUUACGAAUGCACAAGAAAUGCCAGCCGAAGUUCCAGCCUCAGCACCUGCUCAGGAACCCACACAAGAGACUCCUCCAAAAGGAAGGAAAAGAAAACCCAGAACAACAGAACCAAAAACGCCAGUGGAGCCCCCAAAACCUGCUGAGACCAAAAAAUCUGGCAAGUCCACAAAGUCAAAAGAAAAGCAAGAAAAAAUUACAGACACAUUUAAAGUGAAAAGAAAAGUGGACCGUUUCAAUGGUGUUUCAGAAGCUGAACUUCUGACCAAGACUCUACCAGACAUUUUGACCUUCAAUCUGGACAUUGUAAUUAUUGGCAUAAAUCCAGGACUGAUGGCUGCUUACAAAGGGCAUCACUACCCUGGGCCUGGAAACCAUUUUUGGAAGUGCCUAUUUAUGUCAGGGCUGAGUGAGGUCCAACUGAGUCACAUGGACGAUCACACUCUACCAGGGAAAUAUGGUAUUGGAUUUACCAAUAUGGUGGAAAGGACAACACCAGGCAGCAAGGAUCUUUCCAGUAAAGAAUUCCGUGAAGGAGGACGUAUUCUAGUGCAGAAAUUACAGAAAUAUCAGCCACGAAUAGCAGUGUUUAAUGGAAAAUGUAUUUACGAAAUUUUUAGUAAGGAAGUUUUUGGAGUAAAGGUUAAGAACUUAGAGUUUGGACUUCAACCCCAUAAGAUCCCAGACACAGAAACUCUCUGCUAUGUGAUGCCGUCAUCCAGUGCCAGAUGUGCGCAGUUUCCUCGUGCCCAGGACAAGGUGCAUUACUACAUUAAGCUGAAGGACUUACGAGAUCAGCUGAAAGGCAUUGAACGAAACACAGACGUUCAAGAAGUGCAGUAUACGUUUGACCUUCAGCUCGCCCAGGAGGACGCAAAGAAGAUGGCUGUGAAGGAAGAAAAAUACGACCCGGGUUAUGAAGCAGCGUACGGCGGUGCUUACAGUGAAAGCCCCUGCCCUGGUGAGCCUUGGGGAUUCUCUUCGGAUGAGCUGGCUGCUGACAAUGGAGAAUCAACUUUCGGUGACAUUCCAAACGGACAGUGGAUGACCCAGUCGUUUACAGACCAGAUUCCUUCAUUUAGUAAUCACUGUGGGAUGCAAGAACAAGAAGGAAACCACGUUUAA